CUUUAAACCGGAAGCAAUUGUUGGUGCGCAUGCGCUCGAUGACAUUAGAGAAAAUGGCAGGGCCCGUCGAUCUGGAGCUGAAAAAGGCCUUCUCUGAGCUGCAGGUGAAGAUGAUCGACACACAGCAGAAGGUAAAGCUGGCCGACCUUCAGAUCGAGCAGCUGACGCGGGUUCAGAAACACGCCAACCUGACGCACACGGAGAUCAGCACUUUGCCCAACAACACGCCACUGUACGAAGGCGUUGGGCGCAUGUUCAUCCUGCAGUCCAAGGACGACAUCGCCCAUCAGCUGAAGGACAAACAGAAAACUGCUGAUGAGAAAAUCAAAGAGCUGGAGCAGAAGAAGGUGUAUCUUGAACGCAGCGUCAAGGAGGCGGAGGACAACAUUCGAGAGAUGUUGAUGUCCAGGAGAGCCCAGUGAUGGAUGUUGAGUUCUAGUCCUAGUCUAAAUAUGUCUUCAGUGUUUCUAAUUAAACCGUGAAGAAUCACA